GGGUCCGGUCCCAAAGUGAUUGAAUAUAAUAUGCUCCAAUAAACCGAAAUACUACAUAUUCACAUUUUAAGUAGAUGGUAUGAGAUUUUGGUUUUAAGAGCUUUAAAUAAUUGCAUUUUAGCAACGACAACAAUCUUUUUUGUAUUCUUUCAAAUUAUCGAAAUCAAAGAUCUCAAAAAUAUUUGGUGGAAAAUAAAAGAGGGAACAGAGAGGGGCAUGCAUGUUCGAAGUAUAAGGAUUUUUCACACAAGUACAAGGCACCACAGAUACAAAUCACCACUAAUUUUAUAAUCAUCUCUUUGAAGAUUGAAAAUGAUGCGACACUUAACACAAGUGGAUGGUGAAAGACAGUGUCAGGUGGGUUGGGGUGCACUUCCACGCCCGACUUCGACUUGUUGUCCCUACAAACUCUCUUCUUCUUCUAUAAAAAGAAAGACAUUCCUUUGUUGAUAUUAAUUCCUCUUAUCUUCAAACUAAAACCUCUAAAACCAUCAACGAAAAACUCUAAAAUAUCUAAAAUGGGAGUUUUGAAGAGAAGAGUAUCGAGUAGUAGAGGACUUGGUGGUGUUCUUAGAGAGCAGAGAGCUAAGCUUUACAUCAUCAAACGAUGUGUUGUGAUGCUCCUGUGUUGGCAAGAUUGAUCUUGGUUGUUUCUGAGCGGUGAUAUACCUUGAAGCUGAACCGGAUCAAACCGAUGAUUGCAAGAAGAUAUGAAGGAGAAACUUGUUUGGGUUUGCUUGCUAAUCGUCGAUCUUGGGGGAUGAAAGUUCAUACACUUUUGAAAUGGGUAUAUAUGUUUUAGGUUGCUGGAGGUAAAUUUGUAAAUAUCGAUGAAUAAAAACUUUGGGAUAAAUUUUGUACUGCUUUUGCCUUAGUUCUAUAGCUCCCCUGGUGUAAAUUCAGCUAUCUCAGACAUAAUAUAAGCCCUACCAGUUCUUAAUUUC